GUUUAAAGGACUCCUGCCUGCUGCGCACCCCGCCCCGUUUUGAUUGCCGUGCGCGCUUCUCCCUCGACGGUUUCAAAGCCUCGCCCUGUCGGCGGCCGAAAAGAACUCCUCCUUUUACCCCCCAACACACGCCUCUUCUGAUUGGCUCGGCUUUUUCGCGGCUUCCUCCAGCUCGCCCCGCCAUUGGCUCGGCUCGGCGUGGAGUUGGAACGUUCGUAAAAGCGAAGGAAUUCCGAGGCGCACGCGGUGGGGGAGGGAGGAGCGGCCACACACAUACACACAAGCAAGCACACGCGAGGCAAUCUUGGCCGGAGAGUGACCGACUGACCAGGCCAUGCUCUUGGCUCAAGGCCCCAUUUGCCACCAGGGUCCCGAAGGGCCGCCGGCCGCCGAUGCCGCCGAAGAGGAGCCUCGCUCCGCGGGGAAGGCGACCUUGGAGACGCGCUACCGCUUGGGAGCGUUGAUUGGGAGCGGCGGUUUCGGCACCGUCUACGCGGGGACCCGGCUCAGCGAUUCUCUCCCGGUGGCCAUCAAAUAUGUUGCCAAAGACAGAGUCUUGCAAUUCCAGCACAUGAACGGCACCCUGGUCCCGCUGGAAGUGGUACUGCUGAAGAAGGUGUCUUCCUCGGGCUGCCGAGGCGUCAUCCGCCUCCUGGAUUGGUUUGAGCAGUCCGACGCCUACUUCAUCGUCAUGGAGCGCCCCCUCGUCUCCCAGGACCUGUUUGACGUCAUCACCGACAGGGGUCCGCUCCCCGAAAGCCUGGCCGCCGGCUACUUCCGGCAAGUGGUGGAGGCCGUGCGCCACUGCCACCUCUGCGGUGUUUUGCACCGAGACAUCAAAGACGAGAACAUUCUGGUCGACCUCCUGCAAGGAGACCUAAAGCUCAUAGACUUUGGCUCGGGGGCCUUGCUUCGGGAUGCUCCCUAUACAGAUUUUGAUGGCACCCGGGUAUACAGCCCUCCUGAGUGGAUAAAGUACCACCGGUACCAUGGCGUGUCUGCCACUGUCUGGUCCUUGGGAGUGCUGCUCUAUGACAUGGUGUGCGGGGACAUCCCUUUCGAGCGCGACGAAGAUAUCCUCCUUGGGAAACUCCACUACCACUGCAGGGUAUCCUCAGACUGCCGUCACCUGAUUGAGUGGUGCCUCUCGCUGGCCCCAGAGAACCGGCCUUCCCUGGAGCAGAUCCUGGCCCAUCCUUGGCUCCUUGCCUUCUUGGAGCAAGGCGGACGCAAAGCCCAGCAGCCCACAGUCCCCAAAGCCGGCACGAGCCUGUGACUCUGGUGGCCUCUGGACAGCAGUACUGGGGCGGGCCAUCGCAGAAAGGAUGGACGUAUCUCGGUUUCUCCUGCGACGACAGGCUGACAUACUCGUUAUUCCUGCUGAUAGCUGACUUCCUGCCCCUGGGUGGACGACUGAUGAAAUCCCAGGCCUGUGGCAGGGACGCUGCCCACCCCGACUAGACAGGGGGUCUGGCGUGCAGCCCCUGACCCCCAAGACAAAAGAGACCAAUGAGCUCUGCUCUGUUUACACAAGGACUGUCCCCGUUCACCAGUGAGGGCUGCAGAAGACUGGCAGCGAGUGAACAGUGUUUGAAGCCAUCCGUGCUGGCUUCCUCUUGUUACGCCUUUCAGUAUUGGGAAUUUGGUGGACCUCUGGACCGACCGUUGUGCGCCAGGACUGGAUUGGCGUUUUGAUGUCACGCCGGGUACGGGGGGUUGUUUCUUCUGGUGGUCAGCUGCUUAUUUAUUUGGCGUGACGUUCCUUUGGUGGGGAGCCCCGGGUCCUUCCUCCUCCUCCUCCUGUUGUUGUUUUUUUUGCUAAGCCAUCAUCUACCUGCUGUGGUUUUUUGGGGCGUAGAAACAUUUUCUCCGGCCCAGCCGGGAAGUGACAUGGUUAUUGUGAACAGCCCUGCUUCCAUUCCUGUCCAGCCAUUCCAAGUCUGAAUCCAGUUUCCUCCAGUGCCUUGACUUGAUGGGGGUGUGGGUGUGUGUAUGUCUGUUUUACCCCCUCUUCCUUUCACUUGAGGGAAGUUAAAGGGGUGGCAGGGGGAAAGCGGGCCCCACUUAACCUCAUCAAUAAGUGAAAACGAGAAAAAAAAUAAAUCCUUGAGUUGCCGGGUUUCUUUGUCGGAGUUGAUCGAAACCCCUGGUGUCAGGACUGUCCCGUACAAAUGAGGACCUGGGCUUGUGCUUGCCGCUUCAAAUUUGAAAGGCAAGAUUUUGGAACUUCGGAAAGCACUGGCGCUAGGUAUUUUGGCCCUGCCAGCCAGCCAGCCAACCACUGACAGCUUGAAGAACUUUCUGUUUCUGUCUCGGCAACUUGGCGCUCACAGUGGAAGAGGGGUUAGCCAACUUGGUGCCCACCUGAUUUGGAAGUUGCUGUUAAGGCUCCCAACUCCCAUCAGCCCCAGCUUGCAUGACUGAUGGUCAGGGGAUAACGGUGGGAACUGCCAGUCCAGAUAUCUGGUGGGUACCAAGUUGGCUAUUCCUGCUGUCUACUUUUCUCACCAGUUCCCAUCUGUCAGUUCCUCCUUCCGGGAGAUCUUGGAAGUUUGGUCCGCCCAAGUGGUAGCCUGUAAAUGUGAGGUCUUUAUUAGCAGAGAAGCAGGCCGGAUGGCGCCACAGAUAUUUUUCUGAAGUUGAACAAAUCCUCAUUCAGCCACAGGUUGAGUGUCUCCCCACCUUCAUUUGUGUGUGUGUGCGUGCUUUGGAAUCUGAGAGAACAACAGGAGCCUAUAGCAUUGACUCUGAAUCUUGGAGGAAUGUUUCCCUUGGGGACACCUGAAAUAAUUAGGCCAAUGCCUUCUUGUCUUUUUAAUGGGAGGUUGUUCUUCGAAAGAGCGCUGGCAGGGCCUUCGCCAGCUCCUUGCAUUGGCCCCAGAGAGGAUCUGGGAUAUGUAUUUUCAAGGAUAGCUAGUUGGGCCCAGCCUCUGGCAGAUUCAAGCCUGAGUGGCGGAUCAACGCCCUUCUCUUAGCCCAAGUCUCCUCCGAUCACUGUAGAAUUUAUUUAUGCCAAAUCACAGGAGGAGAGGCAGAUAUUAGCACCAGGGGGGCCACUAAAUCUGACAAUGGCGAAUUGACUUGGGCCAAAUUUACGCUGCGCAUUUUAAGCACCCUGAUACGCUUUUAAACAUUUGUGGCUUUUUCCAGAGAAUCCUGUGAGCUGCAGUUUAAGGGCGCUGAGAGUUGUUAGGAGACCAGCCCCAAUUCCCCUACAGUUCCCAGAAUUUCCUAUGAAGAGGGAUUUAAUCGCUGUGAAGGGACUAGUGGUUUCUGAACAACUCUCGGCGCCUUUUAAACUGCUGCUCCCAUAAUUCUUUCGGGGGGAAGCCAUGGUUGUAUCAUAGUGCUUUAAACACACGGUGUUAAGUGGCCCUGGAUACUCAUCCAGUUAUGUCCUCGUUAGCCAGGUAUCCACAAAUCACGGCCAAACUUAUUGCGUGCUGGUCACAAACCUGCCCCUCUGCAGUACGAAAGGGACAAGGGUCUUGCAUGAUGCCACGCCGUGUUCAAGAUCCAGGGGUAGCUUCCUUUUCCCAGUUCUUACAUUGGAAAGGAGAGCGAGAGCUCAACCCACUAUCCUGAGGACCUUUGUGAAGCAGUGAAGAAGCUUUUUGCAGGUGUUUCCAGGGCUCAGUGUGGCAACGAGACGAUUCCCCCUUCACACACACACACUAAGGACGAUGCUUCCCUUCCCAUACUAAAGCAUACAUCCCUCAGGGGCGAGCCAGCAAGUGCCUGUGUCGAUCUCUGCAGCCACACCAGCGCAAGACCCCUGGUGAGUUGAGCCAGCCUUCCAAUGGUUUCUAAGCCUGCCUCCCUUAAGGCAUACUGACACAAGCAGAGUGCUAGCCAAGGGAGACGGGAGCUGUCAGAUUCCAGCCUGGGGAAAUGCCAGCAUCGCUUUCUGAGCCUGCUACCUCUGAGCAAUGUUGCUGAAGAAUUAUUUAUAUGCCAGUUCAGGAUUUGAUUUCCUUAUCUGUGGAUUUGUGUGUGCGUGUGUGAAUUUUGUUACUGCCUCCUGUGCACAUUUGUGCAACCAUAUAACACAGUGCCUCGCCCAUUGUGGGCUCCAUCAUCUACCAAGCCCCUUUCUGGGAUUAAAUAAACCUUUUAUAAGAAA